AUGCGGUUACUCGCGUUAUUUUCGUAUCUCUUCGCCUUGGUCACCCUGUCGCCGCUGGCUGCGGCCACUCGGCUCAUCGAAUCCAAGUCCUUGAACCCUUGCAUGGAGAACUCGAACUUUACUGCGUCGCUCUUCAAUGUCGUCUUCACGCCCGACAACAAGACGUUGAUGCUCGACAUCAACGGCGUCUCCUCGAUUUCCGGAAACAUAGUGGCCGAAGUGGAAGUCAUCGCCUACGGCUACACCGUGAUGAAGCAGGAGCUUGACCCUUGCAAAAUGAACCUCGAAGGGCUCUGUCCGAUGAACACGGGUCAGAUCGAUCAGAAGUUCAAUAUCCCCGUCCCCGCAGAAGUGAUCCCGAAGAUUCCCAGUAUUGCGUACACGGUUCCCGAUUUGGACGGUGAAGUUCGGGUCUAUAUCAAUUCAACGGCCACGCAAAAGACCAUUGCCUGUGUCGAAGCGAAUCUUUCGAAUGGGAAGACGGUCUACCAGAAGGGCGUCGAGUGGACUGUUGCCGUCAUCGCUGGCCUGGGUUUAGUGGCCUCCGCUAUCACCUCCGGUCUGGGCCACUCGAACACUGCUGCCCACGUCGCCGCUAAUGCCCUUUCCCUCUUUGGGUUCUUCCAGGCGCAGGCCAUGAUUGGCGAGACGGCCGUCGCUAUGCCGCCAAUCGUCGAAGCAUGGACGCAGAAUUUCCAGUGGAGUAUGGGUAUCAUCCAUGUAACCUUUAUGCAAAGGAUUUGCACUUGGUAUCAACGUGCCACCGGCGGCACUCCCUCCACCGUGUUGUCCGACCUGGCCACGACCUCCGUUCAAGUCCAGAAGCGAUCCCUGGAUGUUGGGCGCGAACUCUACCGGAGAGCCAGUGAGCACCUUCUCAAGAGGGACAAUUCCCCCAUCACUGGGUCCACCAGUAAGGUCGUUGUGUCGGGCCUCAACCGAGUCGGCUUCAUUGCCAAUAUUGAGGAGACUAACAUCUUCAUGACGGGUCUGAUUUUCUUUGUCGUCUUUGUCGCCCUUGUCAUGAUCGGUGUUGCUCUCUUCAAAGGACUCUGUGAAGUACUUGCCAAAUCAGGGCACAUGAAGGGCGACAAAUUCCAAGAUUUCAGAAAUGGUUGGAAGAUCGUUAUGAGGGGUAUUUUGUUCCGAUUGACCUUGAUUGGCUGGGCUCAAAUGUGCGUCCUCUGCUUAUGGGAGUUGACGAAACAUGACUCGGCGGCAGAAGUUGUCCUUGCCAUUGUCAUGUUUCUGUCCAUGGCGGGAGUCCUGGGUUGGGCCGCUCUCAAGGUCAUUCGUCUUGCGAAGCGCUCCAUUGCCAUGCACAAGAAUCCAGCCUACAUCCUCUACUCCGACCCGACAUGCUUGAACAAAUGGGGCUUCUUGUAUGUGCAGUACCGAGCCACCGCCUACUACUUUGUUAUCCCCGUGCUGGUCUAUCUCCUGGUCAAGGGAAUGUUCAUUGCCUUUGCCCAGGGAGCACCCGUUGUGCAAGCCGUUGCGUUGGUUAUCAUCGAGGCUGGCUUCUUGGUUGCAGUUAGUGUCCUUCGCCCGUGGAUGGACAAGAAGACGAAUGUCUUCAAUAUCUCGAUUGCCUCGAUCAACUUCCUGAACGCUAUCUUUUUACUGGUCUUCAGCGAUGUUUUCGAUCAACCUGGUAUUGUGACCGGUGUGAUGGGUGUGGUUUUCUUCAUCUACAACGCCAUCUUUGCUCUGGUCCUUUUGCUCCUUGUCCUUAUUGCUUCCAUCUAUGCCAUUGUUUCGAAGAACCCAGACAUGCGCUACCAGCCUAUGCGGGAUGACCGGGGCUCUUUCAUCAAAUCACAGACCCAGUUGACGACGGAACUGGAUGCUUUGGGCGCGACCGCUAGAGGUGAGACGAAGCACAACGCGUUCGAUGAUGAUGCGACGUCAUUCUCCAGUGGGAAUGGUGCGAGCAUCAAUCGAUCACAUCAGGAAGAGUCUCACAACAACACCUCGCGGUCUCCUGUUGACCCAUCCGUGCCGCUGUUCCCAAGCGACGCGUCCUCUCGCCGUGGCCCGCCGCCCUCUUACAACGAAUUUCCAGGUCGAUCAAUGAACAGCUCGCCUGCUCCGCGAGCUUACGACAACACUUUCAACCCUGCGUCCGCUCUCGCCAGCGCGCACAACUACCGACAGCAGAACAACGCGAGUCCGUGGCAACGAGGAGCCGGAUAUGAUCAUUAG